AUGGAGCAGUUUGACGAGAACGCAUUCUUCGAUCAACUUGAAGCGAUGAUGCCAAGAAGACUCGAGGCCCUUGUUCUAUAUGGAAACUAUUUCGCUCUCAAAAAAUCGAAGAAAUACGGUCAAUGGCGGAAAUUUGAGAUAGUGUUCGGUACAAUGACACCUCAAGUUCGUACACAGUGGUGGAUGAGAGACGAUGCUCUUCUCAUGUCUCACCUCGUGAGAAGUGCGCCAUAUAAAAUUGCCGACGAUUUUCGGCCUAUAAGGAAUACGACCGCUUCAUGGCGUUUUGACCAGGCAGCAACUGAUAGCGAGGAAGCUCGUCAAGAGAGGCAAAAUCAGCCACUAAAUCGUAUUCUGCGUUUCAUGCAAGUUUUCAGGGAGUAA